AUUUUUUCCUCAAAACAAUUCUAUGACAGUAACGUUGAAAUUGGUGGCAUUAUUCUGGAAGCCUGCUAAGCUGACCGAAGACCAUUCUCUUGUCUAAAUUGUUGCCAUUAUUUCUCUGUUGUUGUUUUUGUAGCCAUUCCCUUGCUUAACAAGUUUCAAAAUUUAUAAUCUCAAGAUUUCAAAAACCCCUUCUCUUUUCUUUUUUAAUUUUAUCCCUUUUGUACCUAGUUCUUUCUGUCUAUAGUUUCAGAUCUUUGCGCUCAUGGCUCAUCGCUACGAUAGUAACCCUUUUGAUGAAGAAGAAGUCAACCCUUUCUCUGAACCAGCUGUGAGGGGAAAAACAUCAAGCCAAUCAAAUUUUAGCGGGGGUGCAUUUUACACUACAAACCCUGGAAGUGUUGCCCCUGCCACAAAUUCAAGGCUAUCACCUCUUAAUCCUGAACCUGUUGAUUAUAACUAUGGCUUUGGUGCAACUGUUGAUAUACCUCUUGAUCCAUCAACGGACUUGAAAAAGAAGGAAAAGGAACUCCAAGCCAAGGAGGCUGAAUUGAGAAGAAGGGAACAGGAAGUCAGACGGAAAGAAGAAGCUGCUGAACGAGCUGGAAUUGUUCUUGAGGAGAAGAAUUGGCCACCAUUUUUCCCAAUUAUCCAUCAUGAUAUUGCUAAUGAAAUUCCAAUUCAUCUUCAAAGACUGCAAUACGUUGCAUUUACUUCAUUAUUAGGAUUGGUAUUGUGCCUCACAUGGAAUAUUAUAGCUGUCACUUCAGCUUGGAUUAAGGGAGAAGGUGUGAAAAUAUGGUUUCUUUCUGUUAUCUACUUCAUAGCAGGAAUUCCUGGAGCAUAUGUCCUGUGGUAUCGCCCAUUAUAUCGUGCCUUUAGGACAGAUAGUGCUUUGAAUUUUGGAUGGUUUUUCUUGUUUUACCUGCUUCAUCUAGGAUUCUGUAUCUUAGCAGCAGUUGCUCCUCCCAUAGUUUUCAAAGGAAAAUCCCUGACAGGCAUUCUGUCGGCCAUAGAUGUGGUGGGUGACCAUGCAGUGAUUGGAAUUUUCUACUUUAUUGGAUUUGGAUUGUUCUGCGUAGAAACAUUAAUCAGCGUCUGGGUUAUUCAGCAAGUAUAUAUGUACUUCCGUGGCAGUGGUAAGGCUGCUGAGAUGAAGCGGGAGGCUGCAAGAGGAGCAAUGAGGGCUGCAAUAUGAUAAAUUUCCUUGUUUGAAUUGCUGUUGUAAAAAUGCUACCUGUUCACGCGGUUUGUCAAUGUAUUCAUGUGUAUAUUAUAAGCAGAAAGAGUAGGCAUACAGUGGUUGGUAGAAACAUGCUACAAUUUGUUGAGUUGAGAUCCUCUAUAUAGUUUUGGUUCACUCUUAUUCUAAAAGCUAGUUAAAUGUAUUUUGAUGUACUGCAUUAUGAUGCUUAUUUCUUUUGAUCAACAUGGUCUUUUUUUUCCUUC